AGUAAUCCACUGUCUCACUCUCUCUCUCUCUCACAAGCCCGUUUUUCUGCCUUUCGUUUCUCGCAGCGCUGCGAAUCCUGCCACGAAGGAAAAUCUGAAGGAAAAACAAUCUGGAAAUCGAAAUCCAGGCCUCUAAUUCUCCCUUUCUAGCGAUUAUCCAUCAGAUUCUCUCUGGAACGGUACAAAUCCCAGCUAUUUCCACGAAAAAUCCACUUUCGCUGCAGUGAUCUAGGGUAUUUUCGCAAAAUCCCCGUCGAAUCCUCCUCCUCCAUCCUUGAUCUGUGUAAAUAAGUGCGGAAUUUCGUUGUUUGGAUUUUCUAGGGUUUCAGAUGAGGAUAUGGACUGGAAUUUCAUGUCUUAGUGGCGUUUAGGGUUUUUGUUUUCCUUUUGGGGGGCGAAUUGUCUGAAAUGCAGACUAAGGAAGGGCAGAGUAAUGGAAUUUCUCAGUCCUUUUCAUACGAUUUGGUCAGUGAGAGAGCAAUCGAUUCGACUAUGAUGACUUCGUUGAUUCUUCUGUUGGCUCCAUCAUCCGGUGUCAAUCACAUCGAGCACCGCGUCUCGAAGAUGGAUGCGUUGGCUGGCGUUGCUAUAAAGUAUGGAGUCAAGAGAGGUUUUGGCUGACUUGAAAGCAGCUGGGGCUACUUGGGUGCAGUUCGAUGAGCCAAAGCUUGUGCUGGAUUUGGACUUUCAUCAACUGAAAGCAUUUGCAGAUGCUUAUUUAUAGAUGGAAGAGUCCUUAUCUGGUCUGAAGGUUAUUGUUGAGACCUACUUUGCUGAUGUGCCGGCUGGAGCAUAUAAGACUAUCACGUCAUCGAAGGGCAUCUCGGCUAUUGAGUUUGAUCUGGUUCGUGGAGAGAAGACCCUUGAAUUGAUCAAGAGUUUGGGUUUUCCUCCCAGCAAGUAUCUGUUUGCUGGAGUUGUUGAUGGUCGUAACAUUUGGGCUAAUGAUCUCACAACAUCUCUUAAGACGUUGAAAGCUCUUGAGAGCAAGGUUGGCAAAGGGCGAGCAACAGCAUACAAGAUGUUUGAGACCAUCAAACGGAAACCAGAGAUCAACUCAUACGACACAAGUGGAAUUGUGUUGGAAGAUAUCUACAGUGAUAUAGAACUGAGAGAUGUUUGCUUUAGCUACCCUGCAAGACCUGACAUUCAUGUAUUUUCUGGGUUCUCGUUGCAUGUUCCAAGCGGCAUGACUGUGGCUCUAGUUGGAGAGAGCGGCAGUGGGAAGUCGACAGUGAUCAGCCUGUUGGAGAGGUUCUAUGACCCCCAAGCUGGUGAAGUGCUCAUAUAUGGCAUCAACUUGAAGAAGCUGCAGCUUGGAUGGAUCAGAGAGAAGAUUGGUCUUGUUAGCCAAGAGUCCAUCUUAUUCACAACUACUAUAAAGGAGAAUAUCGCAUAUGGUAAGGCGGGUGCUACAUUGGAAGAAAUCAGAAUAGUAACUGAGAUCACUAAUGCUGCAAGGUUCAUAGACAAGAUGCUACAGGUCACUUGCUUGUACUCUUUUUUUCUUUUUGGUAAAUUCAUCUUACUCUCUCAAAGAUGUUGUGGGUGGAAGGCUAGGAAAGGAAGACACUUAUAGUUUGUUUUGGUAAAUUAAUUGUUUUGUUGA